ACCAGGCUACGGGGACGCUCGGCCGGGCCUCUAGGCCCCUGGCUGCCGAGCCCCGGGGCAGCCCUGCUAGCUUGCAGCACCAUGUCGGUGCGGACGCUACCGCUGCUCUUCUUGAACUUGGGCGGGGAGAUGCUUUACAUCCUGGACCAGCGGCUGCGGGCCCAGAACAUCCCAGGAGACAAGGCCCGCAAAGUUUUGAAUGACAUCAUCUCCACCAUGUUCAACAGAAAGUUUAUGGAGGAAUUGUUCAAGCCCCAGGAGCUCUACUCCAAGAAGGCCCUGAGGACCGUCUACGACCGCCUGGCUCACGCCUCCAUCAUGAGACUGAACCAGGCCAGCAUGGAUAAGCUCUAUGACCUGAUGACUAUGGCUUUCAAAUAUCAAGUGCUGCUGUGUCCCCGCCCCAAGGAUGUGCUGCUGGUCACCUUCAACCAUUUAGACGCCAUCAAAGGCCUCAUCCGAGACUCCCCGACCAUCUUGCAUCAAGUGGACGAGACUUUCCGGCAGCUGAUGGAAGUUUACUGCGGUCUGUCUGCCGGCGAGUUCCAGCUGAUCCGUCAGACGCUCCUCAUCUUCUUCCAAGACCUGCACAUCCGGGUGUCCAUAUUUCUGAAGGACAAAGUUCAGAACUCGAAUGGCCGCUUCGUGUUGCCAGUGUCCGGGCCUGUUCCCUGGGGGACUGAAGUUCCUGGACUCAUCAGAAUGUUCAACCACAAAGGUGAAGAAGUGAAGAAGAUAAAAUUCAAGCAUGGUGGAAACUAUGUCACUGCAACCAAAGAAGGUUCUUUUGAACUUUAUGGAGACCGAGUCCUGAAACUAGGAACUAACAUGUACAGCCUGAAUCGGCCCGUGGACACCCAGACGUCUGGAGCAUCAAAGAACUCCGCCUCGCGAGCGCAGGAGAACAUCACUCCAAAUCCGCUUGCUAAAGAAGAGCUGAAUUUCCUGGCCAGGCUGAUGGGCGGGAUGGAGAUUAAGAACCCCAGUGGCCCCGAGCCAGGAUUCCGGUUGAAUCUGUUUACCACCGAUGAAGAAGAGGAACAGGCAGCCCUAACCAAGCCAGAAGAGUUAGACAACAAAGUCAUCAACAUACAAGCUACGCAGGACCAGCAACGGAGCGAAGAGCUGGCCCGGAUCCUGGGGGAGCUGGAGGUCACUGACCAGCCGAGGUGGAGCACCAGCAAGGGGGACGACCUGCUGGCCAUGAUGGAUGAGUUGUAGCUGCGCCGACCCGGUACGCCCCUCUGCCCAGAGACGCUUCCGGAUGAGGACCCCUGGGGAAGGACCAGGGUCCGCCGUGCUGCUGCUAAUUUUCUACGGAGUGAAGCCGCUACGUGCAGUUCCCAUCUCUGCUGUAAUGAACUCCGCAAGUGCCCUCGAGACAGCACCCCACCCCAGAAGGCCCCACAUACACUGUAUUUUCAGCAAAAUAUAUUCUGGCUUUGAAACUACACCCU